CACACACACACACACACACACACACACACAAUGACAGCCGAGCCUCCGGAGCGGUGUCCGCAUCGCUGAAAACUGCCGCGGGAGGAAAAGCAGUUUUCCUGCGUCUCCCGCUGACAUUUGGCGCAACACCGAGCCCGCUGGAUGCACGCAGACCGAGGACUAGCGGCGGAGAGGGGCGAACUACCUGUUAGCUUCUCCCGGCUGCAGCGAAGCGUCCUUUUAUUUCUGCCUUUUGUACUGACUUCUAACUUGGGAGUAACACCGACACGAUAGAGGGGAAGCUGCGUGUUGUAGAUGGAGGUGAUGUGGGGACAGUGAUGACCCUGUGGGGAAACUUCCACUGAAACGGGCAGAAGAAGGAGAGCCAGAAGAGCGUGUGUUCGCGGAGACAGAGGAAGGGUAUGCCCGCCUCUCUGCACCUGUACCCGGGGCUGCUGCUGCUGCUGCUGGCCUGCUGCCACACACCGGGGCUUGUCGGAGCGACGGUCCCAGCAGCCCCCGUGAAUGUGUCGGUGACCCAGCUGAGGGCGCACUCGGCCAUGGUGACCUGGAACGUCCCUCAGGGAGACACCGUCAUUGGAUACUCCAUCUCACAGCAGAGGCAGGACGGCCUCAUGCAGCGCUCCAUCCGAGAGGUGAACACGUCCAGCCGCUGGUGUGUGCUAUGGGACCUGGACGAGGACACACACUACAGUGUGCAGGUGCAGUCUGUUGGGCCGCAUGCUGACAGCCAGCCUAGCCGAGCCGUCCACUUCAGGACUCUGGAGACGAGCGACCACUAUCCAGCCGGAGUCCUUGACCAGCAUGAACCUGCGAUGGAGGGCCUUGGCAUGAGGCCUCACCUUCAGACCGGAGAGCUGCUCAUCAUCACCACGGUGCUGCUGCUGUGGGCAGCUGUCAUCGCCCUCUUCUGCCGACAGUACGACAUCAUCAAAGACAACGACUCCAGCAGCAGCAGAGACAAAGCCAAGAGGCCGCUGGUGCGAGCCCCCCCGCCUUACUACAACCCCUCGCCCGGCAGCUCACCCAUCUACCACAACGGAGCUGUGCGCAGCAGCAGGCUCCACAGAGCCUCCUCCUCCAUCAGCAUCAUCAGAGUCUGACUUCCUGUCCAGCAGAGGAUGGGUGGAGUCAAAGAUUUGUGACAUGAGGAACUCGAGUGGGAUUAUCCUGACACACGGAGGAUUUAUAAACCUGACUAAUUUAAUGUAAAAUAUGAAAGCCUGAGAAGGACUCAACCUGUGGAAGAAAUGGACAAAUACUGCCCUCAAGUGGCAAGACUGCAGAUUGAAACACACUUAUUUUCACAGCUUUUCAAGGAGGAUUUCCACGUGAAAAGACACAUUCUGACCUGCAGGGAAAUUACAUUCCUGUUGUACAAAAAUGCAAUUAAUUUUAUGGCUUUUUCCUCGCUGAUUUAAAAAAAAUGCACACAUGCUAGCAUGUUGGCAUCAAAAUAAUUGUGUGUGUGUGUGUGUGUGUGUGUGUGUGUGUGUGUGUGUGUGUGUGUGUGUGUGUGUGUGUGUGUGUGUGUGUGUGUGUGUGUGUGUGUGUGUGUGUGUGUGUGUGUGUGUGUGUGUGUGUGUGUGUGUGUGUGUGACAUUUAAAUUAACCUCAUCUGUAUUUUCACCUCCUUGUUAAUAGUAGGCUAAGAUGUACAGCAUACAACAGAAAUAGUGUAUUAUAUGUAAUAAGACUAAAUUCAUUUUUAAAUAUUGGUAAUUUAAAUGUUAUUCUGACUAAUAAUUUGAAUGUAUGGGAUGAUCUCAUUAAUAGUUUAAUUAAAUAAAACCAUUUACUGUAUUGAAUGUAGUCAGCUAAGUUUAAUCAAAGUAUACUGUUAUCACAGUCUUAAAUAAUGGCAAUGUGACUAAAACUGUUGAACAAAUUAAGAUGUUUAAACAAACUAUAGUAGCUAUAGGAGAAAAAUAUACCCUUAAUGGUGCCUUGCUCAGGGACACCUCUGUAGCACUUGGUCUUUCGGGGACUUGAACCGGUGACCUUAUGGUUUCGAAGCCAAGUCCCUAUGAACCGCCCUGCAUUAUAACCAAUAUUCAAUUUUCAGGCUGCAAAACAAGUCUUUUUAUUUUUGUUUUUAAUGAAGAAAGGUUUUUUUUUUGGUAUUGUGGCAUUGUAAAUGGCAUAAAAAAAAGGUUAAAAUGCAAUUUAACCAGAUUAACAUCUUGAUACAAUCCAGAUUAGAGUUAUGUAAACUGCCAUAGUGUAUUAACAUAAACUAAGAUUAGUCAUCGGUUCCAACUUUAUAUACUUACAUUUACCUGAAACAUAGUUUUAGUGAUGCUGCUGCAAGAUCUCUUGCUAAACAAAAGAAAUAAGUUGCAACAUGAUGAAAUAAACUGGAAUUUUAUGGCCAGAAAGAGAUGUCUUAACAUUUUAAAACAUCUCUCCUUGACUUGUUUUUACACAAAAAAAACUACAACAAUUAAUAAUUCUGAUUGAGACGUCGCGUUCGUCUCCUCACAUUCAAAGUUCAUGAAGGUUAGACUCAAGCAAAGACAAAUUAAGCAAAGCACCCCCCCCCCCCUCCCGCUACGUCAGAUGCUCACAGAUGAUUUGUAAUCCCUGACAGCUCUUUUUUGAAUGUACCAGUGAAACCAGUACAUGACGGAAUAUACAAAUGUUCCGACAGAUUUUUAUUUCAAAGCACCUCCUUUAUUAUCUAUGUGGAUCAAGUGUCAGAUUAUAAUUUAUCUGUAUU